CCCCGCGCUCCCGCGGCCCCACCCCGGCGGCGCCGCCCGCCCUCCCGCGCGUCCCUCCGUCCACCUGCAGCAGGCAGCAAGGCAGGCAGUCCCUCGGGCUGUCCGACCCGGAGGCGUCGGCCGAGCCUGAGGCUUGAGCUUGCUCUCCGGCGGAGGGAUCCACGGUGGCUGAGGGGGCGCUGGUGAACCUGGUAGGAAGAGGCAGUUACGGCGGCGGCGGCGGCUGGAAAGGCAACGCAUAAAGGGGCUGCCGCGGGGUGAUGCGGUGACCGCUGCGGCAGGCCCAGGAGCCGAGUGGGCCCCGGCCCUCAGCCGGUCCUGCUGGGUCCGCGCUCCCGAACACCUCGUCUUCUCCGGCCGAUCCGCGAUCGCCAAGGCGGCCUCGCGCCCCCUCGCCCCUUCCCCGUCCCUCCCCCACCCCUGUCCCCGCCCGGGGGGCCGCCGCCACCCGCCUCCCACGAUGGCUCUGAAGAGAAUCCACAAGGUAUUUACUGGGCACUUCUCAUGGACCAGGCACUGUGCAAAAAGCUGGAGGAAAUUGAAUGGAAGUGGAGGAGAAGGGCUUCAUGAAUUGAACGACCUGGCACGGGACCCCCCAGCUCAGUGUUCAGCAGGUCCUGUUGGAGAUGAUAUGUUCCAUUGGCAAGCUACAAUAAUGGGGCCAAAUGACAGUCCCUACCAGGGUGGAGUAUUUUUCUUGACAAUUCAUUUCCCAACAGAUUACCCCUUCAAACCACCUAAGGUUGCAUUUACAACAAGAAUUUACCAUCCAAAUAUUAACAGUAACGGCAGCAUUUGUCUUGAUAUUCUACGGUCACAGUGGUCUCCAGCACUAACUAUUUCAAAAGUACUCUUGUCCAUCUGUUCUCUGUUGUGUGAUCCCAAUCCAGAUGAUCCUUUAGUGCCUGAGAUUGCUCGGAUCUACAAAACAGAUAGAGAAAAGUACAACAGAAUAGCUCGGGAAUGGACUCAGAAGUAUGCGAUGUAAUUAAAGAAAUUAUUGGAUAACCUCUACAAAUAAAGAUAGGGGAACUCUGAAAGAGAAAGUCCUUUUGAUUUCCAUUUGACUGCUUUCUAUGAGCCCACGCCUCAUCUUCCCCUGUGCACAUGUUUACCUGAUACAGCAGUGCUGCGUGUUAUACAUGCUUGGAACAACAAACUAGAAAUACUGUACUCCUGUACCAACAUUGCCUCCUAGCAGAGAAUUGUGUGUGUGGCAAGCCAGUUCUCCAGGCGUAACCUAGAUGUGAGACUAAAAGCUUUCCUUAAUUGACUUAAAUUUGGAUAACACCAAGGUGAGGGGUGGUAGGUAUAGUGUGUGCUUGGAUGGGGAAGAACAGCUCCACUGACCUGUAGGAGAUUGUUUUAAGUGGAGUCCUUUUACACUCAAAACAGUUAUGAAAAGCAAAGUGAAGAACAUGAAGCUGUUUCUUUAUUCAUUUUAUUCUGAAGGACCUACGUCUUAGGUGAAAGUUACGACCAACCAGAUUAAAACUGUACCUACAUCCUGUAUUUUAAGGUCUGAGUUUAACUGGUCAAUAUUUAAAUGGAUUGGAGCUAUUAGUGCAUAAAGUGUGAUGGGCUUUUGUUCCCCACUCUUUUACAUCUCCCCACCCUUUCAGCCUUUAUCCUUUCAGCCCCUUUCUCUUUUCCAUAAUUUUCAGUUUGUAUGUGGUUUCUCAGUUAAUACAUAGCUAAUAGCUCUUAUUUUUCUUAUGUUUUUAACUGCUUAGGUCUAUCUGGAUGUAAGGGUAAAAAUUCAUUUGAUGGAAAUACUUGUGUAUAUUUAAAGACCCAGUUGCUCCUCUGGAGCUCAUACGUUCAAGAAUGAUUAAUCUGUGUAAUAAACUGAUUACUACAGUCAUUACGUAUAAUUUUGUGUGAGUAGGCUUUUUGAUUUUGAGAAUUUUGUAUAGCUGAGAUUAGUGGUGAAUUUUCCCCCACCCCUGAAAUGUUUUCAUUUAUAUAUGGGUACAUUUCAAAAUCAUGAAACAAUUCCAGUUUACAGCGUAAAAAGGAUAUCUUGAGAGUAAUUUUGCUGAACAAGAUAGGGCAUAAGCAUAAGAGCAUUUUCAUAAAACUUAGUUGUGCAGCAUUCCAGGAACAUGACUGUUAUAUACAAAAUUUGCUUUAUUAAUGAAACUAAGCUGCAUUUCAACAAAACCUUGUGACAUUCCCUUGGUAUACAGGAAGUAAAACACAAAGGUAGUGAGUGCUAUUUGGUAAGUUAAGCCUCUGUGGUUGUUAUUGUAAAAGAAACCUGGGAAACAUGAGCACAAUCUUAUAUUGGAGAGCCUACAUGAUUACUUUGCACUAACAUUUGCAGGAUGUUCAUCCAAUUUUAAAACUGUACUGUAUGUGGCAUUUUUGAAGUCUUCCCUUGACUCUAGUAAAAUGUAGUUUGAAACUUGUAAACAACUGUGUUUGGCAGAAACAUCGUUCAUGUGAACUAGGCAAGUUACCUUUUUUCUCCCCUUUUCCUAAUCUAAUUGUACACCAGGCCAGCCUGAAGGCCAUAGCUGUUGCUCUCUAGACAUCAGGGUCUUUCAAAUGCAUCCUUACACUCUUGCACAAAAAUUGAGGAAUAAAUGUCCACUGCUUUUGGUUUUAAA